AUGGCCUUGAAAAGUUCGUUUUACUGUAAGCUUUGCAACGGAUAUCGACUUACUGGGAAAAACGAAGCAGGAAAUAUUCUGUACUUCCUUAAACUCAGCUUGUCAAGUCCAUUCAGACUUACGGCAGAGUUCUCGUUGCUUACCAAGUCGAUACUCAUGCCGCGCAAAGAUAUUUUUCUCUGUGUUCACCGCAAGGACCUGUUUAGCGCCAAUGCCUUCCCAUAUUUUCCAAAUAUCUUUGGGCCUAAUGAGGACCAACCUCUGGACAAAGAAGGAGCAUUGGAAGCCUUUACGAAGUUUACUCAAGAGGUAAAUGAUUAUAUUGCAAGCCAGCCUGAUGGAAAAGACAAAAAGCCCUACACUGUUAUGGACUUGGCUCUGGGAUUUGUGCAAGUUGCAAACGAAAGCAUGUGUCGACCUAUCAGAAAUCUCACAGAGGCACAAGGUCACGAUACAUCCAAGCAUGUACUUGCUUGCUUUGGUGGUGCAGGUGGACAACAUGCAUGUGCUAUGGCACGCUCCUUGGGAAUGUCGACAGUAUUUGUACACAGAUAUGCUGGUAUMUUGUCUGCAUAUGGUAUUGCGCUUGCUGACAUUGUUCAUGAGGCACAAGAACCUUGCACCCAUCCAUAUGAACCAGAAUCAUUUCAGUAUUUGGAUGAAAGAAUUGACAUGCUGAAAGAGAGAUGUAGAGAGGAACUAAUAAGAGAAGGACUUAGCAAAGACUGCAUCUCCACUGAAGUGUUCCUGAACUUGCGCUAUGACAGAACAGACUGUGCACUGAUGUGUAAUGCCAUCGAAGACAAAUCCAAGAAUUCAUGUCGUCAUGGAAAUUUUGAGAAAUCAUUUCUUGAAAGAUAUCAACGUGAGUUUGGUUUUGACAUUCCUGGACGUAAGAUUUAUGUCGAUGAUAUUCGAGUCAGAGGUGUUGGCAAAUCAUCUGUCAAUAUUAGAGGACCAGAUAACAAUCCUAGUGGACCACCUAAGCCAAAAAAGGUUACUCAGUGUUAUUUUGAAGAUGGUUUAGAGGAUACAUCAGUGUAUUUUCUUGAAGAGAUUGCAAGUGGUUACGAUAUACAAGGACCUGCAAUUAUCAUUGAUAAAACAAGCACCAUUUUAGUUGAGCCUCACUGCACAGCAUGUGUUACCAAGGAGGGAGAUGUUCGAAUUGAGAUAGGAUUACACAAGCAUAAAUCAAAUAUAGGAACAGAGCUGGACAGAAUCCAGUUGGCAAUAUUUUCGCAUCGCUUUAUGAGCACAGCGGAGCAGAUGGGAAGAGUAUUACAAAGAACAUCUAUUUCCACCAAUAUCAAGGAAAGAUUAGACUUUUCAUGUGCCAUGUUUGGGCCUGAUGGGGGCCUGGUAGCUAAUGCACCUCAUAUUCCAGUCCACCUYGGUUCUAUGCAAGAAACGGUCCAAUAUCAAAUAAGAAACCUUGGUAAUGACAUUAAAGAAGGUGAUGUUAUCCUUACUAAUCAUCCAGUAGCUGGAGGGACGCAUCUGCCAGACUUGACAGUUAUUACACCAGUGUUUUACAAAGGUGAACCAAAGCCUGUGUUUUACGUGGCAAGCCGUGGACACCAUGCAGACAUUGGAGGGUUAGCACCAGUCGAUCUUACUUCCGCCAUGAUAAACAUUCCUAUUUCUAUGGAUUACUAUGUUUUCAAAACGGGAAACUUAAAUGGGGCUGUAGCAACUUCAGGGGUGUUGUUCACAGUAGAAUUCCUUACGACUCUUACUCUACAUUCUACUUUGCUGGUUGCUAUCGAUAGAUUUUGGAUCGUCAAAUAUCCAAUCAAAUACAACGACAAGAUGACAGUGAAGAAAGCGCGCGUUGCCAGUGUCUUGAUGUGGCUGUUCACAUUCCUUUUGACCGGUAUURCUAAUGCCGUUAAGAUCACAGUCAAUCCUCCAAGAGAUGGAGACAGCCCCGUUGAGUACAUGGURCGGGAUCUACAAUCGGAAGUGAUGAGAAUGGACGAAUCAGCGACAGAGCAAAGAACAGAUGAGGCUUUUCGUAAGUGCGAGCGACGGGGAAGGCGAGGAGCGUGUACAAACGCCGAGCUACCACCGACCGAGAAACUCCAAGAAAUGCUUCAAAACUUAAAGAUUACGGAUAAGGAACUGGAAAAUUCAAAGAGUGGGCCAGAGAAGGGCUCAGGGACAUGA